AUGAUAGGGGUGAUGGGGAUGAAGAGGGUGAUGGGGAUGAAGGGGGUGAUGGAGAUAAUGGAAAUGAUUGGUGUGAUGGGGAUGAUGGAGAUGAUGAGGAUGAAGGGGGUGAUGGGGAUGAUGGGGAUGAUUGAGAUGAUGGGGAUGAUGGAGAUGAUGGAUAUGAUGGGGAUGGGAUGGGGGAUGAUGAUGGGGAUGGGGGGAUGA